GCCGGCGGGCAACGGGAGCAGUAUUUCUACACUGUGUCUUCCCACGAUUAUUCGUUGCCAGGGGUGAUAAAAAAUAGAAAUAGUGAUAUAAAAAAAACAACAACAACAACCCUGACCCCUGCACAGAGAUAUGAGCGGCAGCGGGCGGCCCAGGACCAGCUCGUUUGCUGAGCCGCCAGGUGUACCAGGAGCCUCCGCUGCGCCCGCCGGAACAGCCGCUGCCGUGGGGAGCAGCACAGGAAAGUCCGGGGUCGCACAGGCCUCCGGCAGCAGCUCAUCGGGAUGCUCGAACCUAAAGCUCGCCAGAGACAGCGGGAAGGUGACGACGGUCGUGGCCACGCCGGGUCAGGGCCCGGACCGCCCACAGGAAGUCUCCUACACUGACAUCAAGGUGAUUGGCAAUGGGUCGUUCGGAGUCGUGUACCAAGCUCGGCUCAUCGACAGCCAAGAGAUGGUGGCAAUCAAGAAGGUUCUGCAGGAUAAGAGGUUCAAGAAUCGAGAACUACAGAUCAUGAGGAAGCUGGACCACUGCAACAUAGUUAGACUACGUUACUUCUUCUACUCCAGUGGCGAGAAGAAAGAUGAAGUGUACCUCAACCUGGUGCUGGACUUUGUCCCUGAGACGGUCUACAGGGUUGCCAGACAUUUUAACAAGGCCAAGAGCAUCAUUCCUAUUAUAUAUGUGAAGGUGUACAUGUACCAGUUGUUUCGCAGUCUGGCUUACAUCCAUUCCCAGGGUGUGUGUCACAGAGACAUCAAGCCACAAAACCUGCUCGUUGACCCCGAAACUGCCAUCCUCAAGCUGUGUGACUUUGGCAGCGCCAAACAGCUGAUCCGCGGCGAACCCAACGUGUCGUAUAUCUGCUCGCGGUACUAUCGCGCCCCUGAGCUCAUCUUUGGUGCCACAGACUAUACGGCAAACAUUGACAUCUGGUCAGCAGGCUGCGUACUGGCUGAGCUGCUGCUCGGCCAGCCUAUAUUCCCUGGUGACAGCGGGGUGGACCAGCUAGUAGAGAUUAUCAAGGUGCUAGGCACGCCAACAAGGGAACAAAUCCGAGAGAUGAACCCAAACUACACAGAAUUCAAGUUCCCUCAGAUCAAAGCUCAUCCAUGGACCAAGGUGUUUAAACCACGAACCCCUCCAGAAGCCAUCGCUCUCUGCUCUCGGCUGCUGGAGUACACGCCGGCCUCACGCUUCUCUCCACUAGAGGCUUGUUCACAUGCCUUCUUCGAUGAGCUGCGCCAGCCUAACACACGACUGCCCAGUGGCCGAGAACUGCCAAUGCUCUUCAACUUCAGCACCACUGAGCUAUCAAUCCAGCCCCAGCUGAACUCAACCCUCAUUCCUCCUCACGCUCGCUCUCAUACAGCUGCUUCCGCCCACGAUGGUACCGGCUCAGAUUCCUCUCAACACAGUUCAGUACCAGGAUCUCUUAACAGCAUCUGAAGCCGCCUGUCGCCUGCCUGCCUGACAGCUUCACCCUUAUCUCAGACACACACACACACACACACACACACACACACUCAUAAAACACACACACACUUCACUGCUUUCCUCCGUGCUGCUUGCUCUCCUCUUAGAUUAUGUUUUUGUACAGUAACUGCAUUGAACAAACCAUUAGUUCCUUAGCUGCCAGGGGGGUUGAAACUGAGGCAGGAGAUUGUUACACACAAACACAGAGUUGUCUCGCUGCUGCUAAGGUGGUAUGUGAAGGUUCAAUAGUGUAGUGGGGGCUGGUCCUCUGUAAUAUAACCUUUUUUUUCCUUUUUUUUUUUAAAAAAUCAACUUUUUUUUUUUCUCUUUAUUUGUGUUUUAUUUAUUUUAAGAAAUGGAAAGCAUCAUGCUAUCACACAUUUUGUCUCUAAAGAGUUUUUGUUUCCCCACUUUUAUUAUAAUUAUUAUUCAGUGUUUUUUUUUGUUUUUUUAUACAUACCUGUUGGUGUGUAAAGAGGUGAACUGCACACUGCCUGAGCAAAAACCAGAACUGGCUCCAAAUAGGUCAUCAGGGUAAGAUAAAAAGAAAAAAAAAGGAUUCAUAAUUCAACUCAGGAGAACGGAUGCAGGGACUGAUAAGUUCAUAAAGUCUUCAGCGACAUUAUUUUACCAACAGCAUGCCUGAUGUGAUGUUCAGGGUAAAAAAUUAAACCUCCAGUCGUUGUGUAGUUACCUGCGAAGGUGGCUGGUGGAUGUUUUUUUUCUUUUUUUUUGUUUUCAUUUUUAGAUUCUUAUCUUUAAAAUCACGUCUAAACCUGAAUUUAAACCAAGCGUUAAAGCCCCCCCGCCAAUCCUGAUUCACAUCAUCCAGGAUGUUUGGAUGUAUAAAUAGGACUGAACACAAUCAGCCAACAGCCAAAUACAGACUCUGCCAGCUUUGUAUUCAACCAGUCGUUUCCUAUUUUACAGAUUUUUGUCUGGUAACAAAGUGGAAAAA